AUGCUUCGCGGAUACUUGGAUGCGGAAGCAACUUUCAUCCAGCUGGUCAGCGACUCGAGUUUCCGCAGCCACUUCAACAUCCUGCGUCUGACCAUUCCCAUCCAGUAUGCAGGGGAUGUGGCUUACACCACCUGGGUGGACCAGCUCAGUGAUGGUGUGCUGCUAUUUAAGGCCACUAUGCUAGUGCGGCAUCUGCAGCAUCUUAAAGACAUGGAUGAUGCUGCAAGGUUCCUAUUCCUUAAUAACUCCCUUGCUCACUCCCCUGAUGCCAUCUGCUAA